GCACCCAGGACUCUCGACAGGAGCACAGAGCUCGCAAAUCCUAGAAGACGUGGAAGCUAGCGCACGAGGAGACUUAGUAGGGACGCCUCAGGUCUCCACAGCGGCUGAGCCGGGCGCUCCCAAAGGCAGCCGAAGUUACAGCUCGGAGGAAAUGCUACAUGGCGGCUCUCCUUCCCAAACUCUGACAGGGAUGACCCGGAAGUGUGUGUGGUGAUCCGGAAGCAGAUCCGCGCGGCAGUCCCCAGGAGCCACCGCCCCCUCGUCGUGGUGCUCUGUGCUGCGUGGGGGUCCGCUAAAGCUGGGGCGGCCCGAUGGUACCCAGCUGGCGGAAGCAGGGGCGGAGGGAGGAUGACCUCUCCCUGGGGUCACAGCGCCGACCUGGCCCGCUUCUACACUGUCACCGAGCCCCAGCGACACCCCAGGGGCUACACGGUCUAUAAGGUUACCGCCCGGGUUGUUUCACGAAGAAAUCCAGAGGACGUCCAGGAGAUAAUUGUGUGGAAGAGAUACAGCGACUUUAAGAAACUGCACAAAGAAUUAUGGCAAAUUCACAGAAACGUAUUCCACCACUCAGAGCUGUUUCCUCCAUUUGCUAAGGGGAUAGUGUUUGGGCGAUUUGACAAGACUGUUAUUGAAGAGCGACGGCAGUGUGCUGAAGACCUGCUGCAGUUCUCUGCCAACAUCCCCGCCCUGUACAACAGCAGGCAGCUGGAGGACUUCUUCAAGGGUGGGAUAAUUAACGAUGGCUCUGAGUUAAUUGGUCCUGCUGAAGCGUACCCAGAUUCCUUGGCUGACACCUUUCUUGAGAGUGGAACCGAAGGUUUCUCCAGUGACAGUGACCUCCUGUCCCUCACUGUUGAUGCGGACUCUCUUGCCGAGGCAGAUGAUGGAAUGGCUUCCCAUCAGGGUUCUCCCAGUAGAACUUUUGGUCUGAGUCUGUCUGCGGAUUCCUCGGCAGGAGGGGCUGUUGCUCCUGACAGUGAGCCAGGUAAAGCAGAAGACCGGGAAAGCCGCAGCCUCUUCCCCAGCAGCUUGAAGCCCCGGCUGGGCAGGAGAGACUACCUGGUGAAGGCAGGGGAACUUAUCAAGCUAGCCCUGAGGAAGGAGGAGGAGGACGACUAUGAAGCUGCUUCCGACUUUUACAGGAGGGGCGUCGACCUGCUCCUGGAAGGCGUGCAAGGAGAGUCAAGCCCCACGCGCCGAGAGGCUGUGAAGAGAAGAACAGCAGAGUACCUCCUACGUGCAGAAAGCAUCUCCAGCCUACGGGCGCCGCCUCAGCUCCACCCUGGAGCACAGCCUCCGGGAUCACUAAGUUCAAGGCCCCCCUGGAACCUAAGGAGCCCUGCCGAGGAGCUGAAGGCCUUCAGAGUCCUUGGGGUGAUUGACAAGCAGAGGAAGAACGGGAGAACGGGCGGGUGCCGAGGCGGAGCUCCCGUCAUGGCCUGUGCAUUUCCUUUAAAUGAGAGCUUGGAGAAUAGCUGUGAGGAGCUGUGGCAGCGUUUCUCAGAGCGCCAGGUUGUGCUGAUCAUGUUGGCACACUCAGAGUGCUGUGGCACUGGCCCCAUCCCCUGUCGUGUCUUCAAAGCGCUGUGGCACUGGCCCCAUCCCGUCAUGUCUUCAGAGCGCCGUGGCACUGGCCCCAUCCCGUCAUGUCUUCAGAGCGCCGUGGCACUGGCCCCAUCCCCUGUCAUGUCUUCAGAGCGCCGUGGCACUGGCCCAUCCCUGUCAUGUCUUCAGAGCGCCGUGGCAUUGGCCCCAUCCCCUGUCAUGUCUUCAGAGCGCGUGGCACUGGCCCCAUCCCCUGUCAUGUCUUCAGAGCGCCGUGGCACUGGCCCCAUCCCCUGUCAUGUCUUCAGAGCGCCGUGGCACUGGCCCCAUCCCCUGUCAUGUCUUCAGAGCGCCGUGGCAUUGACCCCAUCCCCUGUCGUGUCUUCAGAGCGCCGUGGCACUGGCCCCAUCCCCUGUCAUAUCUUCAGAGCGCCGUGGCACUGGCCCCAUCCCCUGUCAUGUUUUCAGAGCGCCGUGGCACUGGCCCACCACAUUAAACCAGCGUCAGCCACGAUCUCAGCUCUGAGCCACAGAAAGGAAGAUGGCAGAAGGGAAACAAGUUCCCCAGAGGCUCUGCUGAUGGCAGCUGGCGUGACUCCAGACAACAGAAGAUGCCACAAAGCUGCCAUUAAAAUCAAUUACGUGGGCAGCAGCCAGGCCAAGUUACACUCUCCAGACAGCAGAUGUGUCCUGGAGGAAGCAUUUGGUGUGUUAGAGGUUGGAGCAGUCACAGAAGAAACAGAAGCCUGUGAUUGGUGGAGCCUGGGUGCUGUCCUCUUCGAACUUCUCACUGGCAAGACCUUGGUGGAAUGCCACCCAGCAGGAAUAAAUACGCACACUACUUUGAACAUGCCAGACUGUGUUUCUGAAGAGGCUCGCUCACUUGUUCAACAGCUCUUGCAGUUCAACCCUAUGGAGCGUCUGGGUGCCGGAGUGGCUGGGGUCGAAGAUAUCAAAUCUCACCCAUUUUUCACCCCCGUGGAUUGGGCAGAACUGACAAGAUGAGCAUCAUGUGGCGUGUUCUUACGAGACAGGGCUCCAGGAGUGGCUAACCUUCAGUCACCCUCCA